AUGGAUAAGCUUUUAAUAAUAUUAGCUAGUCUAAAUUUAAUCAAAAUAUCAUUUUAAAAUAUUUGUCCUUUUGAUUUUGAUUUAGGUUAUUCCUCAUCUAAUUGUUAAGGAAAAAUAGGAGAUUAAAAUGUUUUAGGAGGAGAAUUAUUGUACUUUAAAAAGUAAGAUAAAUAUGAAUAGCUAAUGGUAGAUUAUGGAAAGAAAGGAUUGCUUGGAGCAUGGAAUCUUACAGAUGCUAGUCUUUUUUAUUCAAAUUCAUAUGAUUAUAAAAAAAUGGAAAUUCAUUCUAUUUUCACUGAUAAGUAAAUCGACAUUUCUGAUCCUUCUGUACCAGAAACUUUCAUAUACAUAAUAGAUAUCAAUUUUAAUGUGUAUUAAUAAAGUCUCUAUCAAUAGAAUAUUACAGUUAUUCAAUUUAACAAUAUAAUGGUAGAUAAUUAAUAGAAAAAUAUCUAAGUUUGCUUCAACAUUAAAAAUAGUAGAUUGUACUUCCCUUUUGAUAACUUUAUCUAUCUUAGCUCGAUUGAAUAAUCUUCUUAGAUAGAAUUAGAUUCUGAAGUAAUUCAAUGCGAAAGUGAUUUUAGUUAAGACUACAUUUAUGUUCUUUCAUCUAAGAAUAACAUUUACAAGAUUAGCUAAACUAAUUUUGAAAUUUAAAAUACAUUAUAAUUUUAAUUAGGAAAUGUAACUCAUUUGAAAUUCUAAUAAAGCUAAGGAUUAACAUUCAUAAGUUAUAAUAUUAGUGGAUACUCCAUUUUCUCUUUGAAUUAAAAUUUUAAUUAACUAAAUUUACUUUUUUUCUCUCCAAAUUAAAUUAAUGACUAUGGAUUUUUAAAAGAAGGGUCUUUGAUAGUAUGUGGAAAUAAUUCAAUGAUUUAUUUUGGUUCUUAGUUUAUAAAUCCUGCUACAUAAUCUAUGGAUUAUAAUGACUAUCAUGUGUAUAAUAGUCUUAAUGCUCUACCUCCGUAAGAUUUAAAACUGAUAAAUUACUCUAAACUAAUUGUAGGAGAUGAUUUCACAGUAUUUUAUGGAAAUUAAACAAUGAUAACUGUUGUAGUAAACGAAAGUAGAGUUAUACAACUUAACAAAUGCUUAGGUUCAUAAUUACUUUAAGGAGUUACUCCUAAUGCUAUUUUUGAAGGUUCCAUAUUAAAAACAUUAACAUCUAGUGGAAUGGUAUUUAUAGAUAUAACAAAUGGGCAAAUAAAAAGGCAUUCAAGCUGCUUCUAUACAAAUGAUGUGCCAAUAGGAUAAGUAGAAGAUCUUUACUUUGAUGAUGAAUUACUUAGAAUUUACAUGAUAGAGAAUUAGGGGAAGUUAGGGUACUUUAGCUUUCCUAAGGGCGAAUAUCUGACUUAGUACUAUAAUCUCUCAACUUAAAGUAGAUUAUAAUUUAACAAGUUAGGAGAUUAAAUAUAUAUUUGGCCAUUUUAGACUCCUUAAAAUUAUUUAGUAAUAACAACAUAUCUUGAUGGAACUUUUUUACAAACUCUAAAUUUUGAUAAUGAUUUCAAAGUUAGCUAAGUAUAUUUUGACAACAAUUUAGAGAUUAUUUUAGUUAUUGAUUAAAGAUAAAAAUUAUUAGUUUUCAAUUCUAAAUAAUUUAAUCUACUCUACGAUUCUCCAAUUACCAAUUUUUCUAUAUAAGUUUUUUAAAGUUAAUAUGGACCAAUUAUUGUGUAUUAAAAUUUGAUACAAAUGCUCACUAAAGGAUAGGAUAGCCACCAAAUUUAAAUAAAUACUUUAAAUUUACAAAAUUAUGUGUUUAAUUAAACAUACUUUGAUACUAUUUCAGACUUAUUGAUACUUUUUAAUGUAGUUGGGAAGUUAUAAUAUAUUGCAAUUAUAGAGAAUCCUUAAAAUAUAAAUAUAAAAAAUUUAUCAUACCUGCAAAAGUAAAAUUAAGUAUCUUAAAAUAUUUGCUUUGGAAAUAAAUAUUUGGUUAUUUUAAUGGCUUCUCCAAACGAAAUUAUCCUAAUUGACAAAUAGACAAAUGAUUUAAAAAUAAUUAAUUUUGCAACUAUAGUACCAAACUAGUGUUUGAUACUUCUGGAUGAAGAAUUACUCUUAGUUGUCUCUAAUGGAAACUAACUUAUUUUUAUUGAUGUUUAAUCUUAAAUUUUUUUAAAAAAUGAAUAACUUGGUUAAGUAAGCUCUACUGUUUCCUCAAUCUAAAUUGAUAAAGAGGAAAACUUAUUAAUUAUUUUGCUUUCUACACUCCAAAUUUUUAGUUACGAUUACCUAUCUCUGCAAUAAGUUUUUGAUUGGAAGGUGACUAGUUAAAUUACACUUUCUACGUUUUAGAUAAACACUUCUUAUAAAAAAAUUUUAUACGGUUUAGAAAAUAAGAUUUAUUUUAUUGAUUACACUUAGAAAAAAUUAAUGAAACAAAUUUAAUUUGUAGAGAAUACUUAAGGAGGAGUUGUAGAUGAGUAAACAAAAAGUAUAUUUAUUUAUACUAAAAAAGUUUAUAAGUAUGAUCUUUAAACGUAUAAUCUGAUUUUGGUGUCAUAAUUUGAACAUCUCCAAUAAAUAAAUCAAUUAAAUAUUAUUUAUGAAUGGAAUAUUAUCAUGACUUCUUCUUUAGAUAACACAAUAGCUAUACAUAGUUAUCCAGAAUUAAAUUUCAUAUAACUACUUUAACAUGAUCCUAUUGAUUGUCAAAAUGUUAGCACUUUUGCUGUGGACAUAUAAAACAACAGAAUAAUUUCAGGUUGCGGAGGUGGGAGUAUUUAUGUAUGGAAGAAUAAUGUUUCAACUAAUAAUUUCUAUUUACUUAAAGAUUAUUAAUAUUUGCUGUAGAAUUAUUCUGUUACUCGAAUAAUAAUUGAUUAAACAAACAACUUAUUAAUACUAAUUGGAUUAGAUUCACUUCCAUUAUUAGUUUAACUAGGUAGUAUAGAUUAAUAAGUUGACAUAAUUUAGGUUUUACAAGGAAACGAUGGGGUAUAUGACCAGUAUAAUUAAUGUAUAUUUACUUUUGACUAAAAUGGUUAUGUUUGGAAUUACAGUAUCACUUCCUAAACCUAUAUGUUUAUAAAUCAGUAUCCUAUCCAUCAAGGUUAAGUAAAAGCAAUUGUUCUAGAUCCUCCUAAUUAAAAUUUUGUGAGCAUGGGAUUAGAUAAAAAAGUAUAAAUAUGGACAUAUUUUUCUUAUAAUCUUUAAAAACCACUUUAUGAAUAUAUAAACAUAGCUUAAAUUUAAUAUGGCUAUUUAGAUUUAAUUAUUUCAUUUUCGAAUGAUUAAACAGUAAAAUUCUGGGAAUACGAGUUUUCUAUUCAAAGUAGCUUUUAUUAGAUUAUUUAAAGAUCAUCUUCUAUUAUAAGUUACGCUUUUGAUGAAGAAAAUAAUAGCCUAUAUUAUACUAGAUCUGAUGGUAAUAUUUAAAAGUGGUCUUUAAUGGAUUAACAAGCAAUAAAUGGGCCUAUUUUAUAAUUGAAUGAUAGAUAAUGGCAAUAAAUAUAAUUUCUUAAAAUUAUACCUGUAGUAAUUAGAUAAACCGUUGUUUAAGUUUUACAACGGUAUUUUACAAUCAACUGA